CGCUGCGGCAGCUGGGCCGGCUGGACCAGGCCGCCCAGGACCUGCAGCGCUGCGUGAGCCUGGAGCCCCGGAACAAGGCCUUCCAGGAGGCGCUGCGCGACCUGGGCAGCAGCGUGCAGGAGAAGAUGAAGACCAUGUCCUGCACGGACUCCAAAGUGCAGCAGAUGUUCCAGAUCCUGCUGGACCGAGAGGAGAAGGACGCAGACAAGAGGCAGAAGGCCGCGCAGAACCUGAUCGUGCUGGCGCGCGAGGAGCCGGGGGCGGAGAAGAUCUUCCAGAGCGAUGGCGUGCGCCUGCUGCAGCAGCUGCUGGAGGCGGGCGAGGCUGACACCACGCUGGCUGCCCUGCGCACCCUGGUCGGCCUCUGCUCUGGCCACCGCUCCCGGACCAUGGCCAUCCUGGUGGAGCUGGGGCCGCCGCGCCUCUCAGGGCUGCUGGGCGCGGAGCAUGAGCAGGUCUCGCUGGCGGCCUGCAACCUGCUGCAGGUCAUGAUCGACGCGCUCAAGGAGGGGCUGCAGCGGGACGUGCGUGGCAAGGAGGACGCCCUUGUGCUGGACUCCUCAAAGGAUCUGAAGCUGCUGAUCAAGAGCCUCCUGGAGUUGCUGACCUGGGAGGAGGCAUCGGCACACGGCCGUGACAACGCGCUCAACCUGCUCAUCCGAGCUGUGCCCCGCAAGUCGCCGCGGGAGCCCAACAACAGCCUCACGCUGUGGGUGAUCGACCAGGGGCUGAAGAAGAUCCUGGAGGUGGGGGGCACGGUCCGCAGGGCCGCCGGGAGCCUGCCCGUGACCGAGAACAGCUGCAUGAGUGCCGCCGUCCUGCUCAGCAAGCUCUACGGGGACCUCAAGUGCGACGCGGAGCGCGAGAACUUCCACCGCCUGUGCGAGGACUACGUGAGGAGCUGGUUCGAUGGGCACGGGCUGGCCGGGAAGCUGCGGGCCAUCCAGACGGUGUCGUGCCUGCUGCAGGGCCCUGCGGAGGCGGGGAACCGGGCACUGGAGCUGGACGGCAUCAUGGAGAGCGUGCUGUCACUGUGUGCCUCCUCGCACGAGGCCGACCAGCUGGUGGCCGUGGAGGCCCUGAUCCACGCGGCCGACAAGGCCAAGCAUGCCUCCUUCAUCACCGCCAACGGCGUCACCCUGCUCAAGGAGAUCUACAAGCACAGCGAGCGUGACAGCAUCCGCAUCCGCGCCCUGGUGGGGCUCUGCAAGCUGGGCUCUGCCGGCGGCACCGACUUCAGCAUGAAGCAGUUUGCCGAAGGCUCCACCCUGAAGCUGGCCAAGCAGUGCCGCAAGUGGCUGUGCAAUGAGGCGAUGGACGCAGGCACGCGGCGCUGGGCGGCCGAGGGGCUGGCCUACCUCACCUUCGACGCUGAUGUCAAGGAGGAGUUUGUGGAGGACAAGGCUGCUUUGCAGGCCAUGUUCCAGCUGGCCAAGUCGGAGGACCGGAGCGUGCUCUUCGCCGUGGCCUCCACGCUGGUGAACUGCAGCAACAGCUACGACCACGAGGAGCCGGAUCCCCAGAUGCUGGAGCUGGCCAAGUACGCCAAGCAGCACGUCCCGCAGCAGCACCCCAAGGACAAGCCGGACUUUGUGCGGCGGCGGGUGCAGAAGCUGCUGGCUGCCGGCGUGGUGUCGGCUCUCACCUGCAUGGUGAAGAGCGAGACCCCGGCGCUGACCAGCUCCUGCCGAGAGCUCAUCUCCAGGGUGUUCCUGGCCCUGGUGGAGGAUGCCGAGGACCGGGGUGGCGUGGUCGCCCAGGGAGGAGGAAAGGCCCUCAUCCCGCUGUCCCUGGAGGGCACCGAGGUGGGGCAGGCCAAGGCUGCACAGGCCCUGGCGAAGAUCAUCAUCACUUCCAACCCCGAGAUGGCCUUCCCCGGAGAGCGGAUCUACGAGGUGGUCCGGCCGCUGGUGAGCCUCCUGCAGCUGCAGCGCAGUGGCCUGGAGAACUUCGAGGGGCUGAUGGCUCUGACCAACCUGGCGGGGACCAGCGAGCAGCUGAGGCAGAAGAUCCUGAAGGAGAAGGCGGUGCCCAUGAUCGAGGGCUACAUGUUUGAGGAGCACGAGCUCAUCCGCCUGGCCGCCACGGAGUGCAUGUGCAACAUGGUCAUGAGCAAGGAGGAGGUUGUGUGUGGAGUCCCACGGUCUGUCCUGGGCCUGGAGGCCGACAUUGUGUACCUUGACUUCCAAAAGGGCUUUGAUCUGGUUUCCGACCCCGUUCUCGUGAAAAACUUGGAGAACUGUGGGCUUACCUGUGACUCGGUGCCCAGCCCUGGAGCACACCAGGCUGCUGCAGGCAGUCACUUCAUUUCAAUCCAGGCCUUCCCAGCGCUGCUGGACCUACCUCGCGGGGCUGAGGUCCGCCAGGUCAACUGCGGGUCCCGGCACACGGCCACUGUGACCAGUAAAUACGGCCAGCUGGGGCAUGGGGACAGAGCCAGCUCCGACCAGCCUCAAGCUGUUGCCUACUUCCCUGCCAAUGGGCUGCGCGUAGAGGAGGUGGUGUGCGGCCCAUGGACGACUUACGUGCGUGCCGUGGAGAAAGGAGAGCCUUCCUGA